AUUUUGUUGUGGAUGCGUGCGUCUGUUGGUCGCUGAAUGACUGGGGCGCUCGAGCCGAGGCUCCUUAUGAGGGAGACUUAACCAGUUUAGCGGCGUACGAAUGCCUUCUCCUAGCCUCCAUGCCGCCGAGCGGGCCGCCGCACGCCAGCACAUGUGUGGCCUCCCUGCCGUGUUAGUUGUGAUGGUGUAAGGGGAGCAGCUGUGUGGGAGAGCCUGAGCGACAUCCCUUUUCCCCCUUUCCCCCUCCCCCUCCCCCCCUGCUCCCUCCUCCCGCGGCUCCCCUCCUCGCCACGCGCUGCCCGAGCUCUCUCGUCUGCCUGCCUAGUCAACCCCGUGAGUGCGAGACUGUUUGACGCGCUCCGACGUGCUCCGCGCUCUUCCCGCUCGCUCUGUUGACGCCCGCAGGAGCUCACAAAGACGCGAUAAUUUGAGAUUUGUUCCAUCCACCAACCAGCGUCGCGGAGAGCUCCUCCUGCCGACGGCGUCACGUGACAUCGAGUGGCUCUAGUGUGCGUUGUUUACCUUUUUCGCGAGGGGAUCGGCUGCGGAUCGGCGGGACGCUCGCCCUCCCGGUAAUGUUUCGGGUUGUAGCGAACACCAGUGUUAGGUGGUGGCUAGUUCCGGAGCAUCUACACUUUGCGCACCUUCCCCUCGCCGCGCGCAGUCCGCUUCGUCGGCCCGCCGCGGCUUCACCACGCGUCCAGCGCUGCACAUCGAGGCUUGGUACAAAGAAAAGUUUCUGAGGUGCGGGUCAGCUAAGUGCGCCGCCGUGUGGUUUCCUUUUGCUUCUUGGUCUGUGUUGGCGCGGUCCAGUUAUGACAGCAGCGGUGUUGAAGUUAUGACGCAUCGAGUGUGAGUAGUUGUGUGUUGCGGAUUACAGUACACAGAAAUGCUCCAGGCUGUGAUUAUAUCGAUACGGCAGCCUCUGUCGCGAAGCAGGUAACUGAAGAUGAACUGGUGUAGUUGUUGUGUUAUGGUGUAGUGUUGAGUCAGUGUAAGUGUUGGCUGUAGGAAGUGGUCACAUGGUAAGCUCCGUUAUGGUAACUUAGUACGGUCAGGCGCCAGUAGUGUAGUUAGAGUUGCCACCUUGAUCAAGAGUAACUCUGCGUGUGACGCUAGUUCUCCGUAAGUUGCCCACACGCUUGCGCCCUUCCUGCUCAAGCCCAAGGCUCAAGAUACGACCCAGUCUCUCCAGGAACCGCUGCUGCUCCUUGAAGUGCGAGGCAUGAAGGGCGAGGACGAGUAGCGUGCCGGUGCGUGAACCAUGCACGUCCCAGCGGGCGUGCAGCCGUGCCCGUCAUGCUACGCCUACUGUGUCCCCCGGGCAGCAUGCCCAGGUGGUAUCCCCCCGCCUCCACCUGUGCCGCGGCACGCCCACCCACCUGUCAGGCAGAACAGCCCCCAUGGCAGCCCGGCGAACAGCCCUCACCACAGCCCCCACCGCACCCAGCCGCGGCCCAUGGGCCACCCUCCGCCGUGCACCCACCAGGGGCUGUACGGCGGCCUUCGCUUCGGCUCGCUCCCUCACUCGCAGCCCGUGCCCAAGGUGCCCCCGCACUACAACUCCCUGCCCCAUCAGCAGCCACCUCCGCCUCCCCCGCCCUCGCACCAAGGGCCUUGCCAUCCUCCUCCUCAUUCCUUCAGCCACAAUGAUAUUCCUCCUCCUCCCCCCCCCCACACGCCUCCCUUCCUCCA